CCGUUUGUUGUUUCUUGUGUCCUCGCAAGUAGACGUAACAUCCUCGCCUUAGUUUAUAAUUAGUUACUUUUCUAUGAGAGAUGAAUUGCCCAUUUGGCCAAAACAUCUUUCAUAAAGGAUCUACUCUUCUUGGUAAUAAACCGUCACUGAGAGAAGCUUACAUAGCGCCAUCUGAAUGCUAGUUUUAAAGUCAGGUUCAUAAUAAAUGUAUUUUGAAUAAACAAAGGUGGAAAAAGAAGACUACAGAAAGGAAAUUGAUUCUGAGAAUACCCAGGAAUUUUAGGAAACAAUAAUUUGAGAAAGUCUACAGGUUUUUUCUUUUGUCGCUAUUUAUUUUUCUGCUCUUAAAUAGACAUAAAUCUUAGUAUAAGAAGUUCAGAUAAGAUCUGUAUUACAGCAAAUAUACUAUAUGAGUCUGUUUAAGCCAUUAUAGUUGUAUGUGCAAAAUUUGCUGAGGUUAAGCCCUCUCCUUUCUGCUUUUUAACAAUGGUCACAUGAAACCUCUGCAAUGCUUCUACUACAGAAGUCAGUGCUGUGAAAGUAAAAGAGGCAUAUUGUGUCCAGUCCUCUGAAAUGCAUUCUUAUAGUAACAGUGAUGAGAGAAUGCAUAAAUUAGUAACAAGGUGAAUAGAGCAUUGGGAAGCCCUUUUACCGAUUGAUGAGAUGUGUUGAUACAUCAAAUGCCAUUUUUCAGCCUAUUUAACAAGUUCCUAAUAAACUCUUUUCUCUGCAAUGUACUAACGAGAUUGUUGAAUGGGAACUACAUUCUUGAGAGGCAUUUUCCAAAAAAAAAUACAUUACAUUGUUGUGCAUCUCUUUUUCAGAUGCUGGUAAUAAUUUUGUAACAUAACAUUUAUAUUUUGUUUCCUUGGUUGUCACUUUAUGUUUCAGAAAUUAGGUGAAAGUGUUCAGCAGCUUCUUCUAGCAAAAAUUGCAGUUUACUUGAUGACCUUUUUAAUAGUCACAGUGGCAUGGGCAGCUCAUGUAAGGUUGUUUCAAGUGAUAGAACAUAUAGAUGAUGUCCUGGCUCUUCUAAAUUUGGCUUGUAUGAUGAUCAUAACUUUCUUGCCAUAUACAUUUUCCUUAAUGGCCUCCUUUCCAGGGGUACCUUUUGGUAUCUUCCUGUUCAGUGUCUGUGCUGUUGUCAUUGGCCUUAUACAGGCUGUGAUAGUAGCAUAUGGAUUCUAUCACCCACACUUACUGAAUCAACAGAUACAGGAAUCUGAAAAUCAGAAUUUCUAUAAACGUCAUAUCUUAAAGAUUAUCCUGAGAGGACCAAUUUUAUGCUUUUUAGCAGCCAUCUUUUCUUUUUUCUUUAUUCCUUUGUCUUAUAUACUUCUUGGACUUGUAAUCAUUUUUCCACAUCUCACUCGGUUAAUUACAUGGUGUAAAAACAAAAUUCUUGGUCAGAGAUGUGAAGAGGAGGAACCUCAUAGCUUAGAAACGUUCACGUUUUACCUCAGUGAGCCUCUGAGUAAAGAACGAGUAGAAGCAUUCAGUGAUGGAGUCUAUGCCAUUGUAGCAACCCUGCUCAUUUUGGAUAUAUGCGAAGACAAUGUUCCUGACCCCAGAGAAGUUGAGGAGAAGUUCCAUGGCAGUCUUCUUGAAGCUUUAAGUGAAUAUGGGCCAAACUACCUUGCUUACUUUGGCUCAUUUGUUACAAUUGGUCUCCUGUGGUUUGUCCAUCACUCUCUUUUCCUUUAUGUAACGAAAGCUACCCGGUUAAUGGGACUGCUCAACAUACUUUCAUUGGCUUUCAUUGGUGGGCUUCCACUAGCUUACCAGCUGACCAGUGAAUUUGCAGAAAAGUCUCAUAAUGAAAUAGAAGCCAUUCAGGUCAGCUGUGUGAUCACUUUCUUUGCCAGCAUAUUUCAGUUUGCAAUAUGGACUACAGCCCUUCUCAAUGAAGAGGAAACUUUGCAUUCCUUUGCUAGAUAUGGUGGCAAGGAGCAUGCCUUCAUGUUUGCCAAGCUGGCUCUCUACCCUUGCGUAAGUCUGGGGGCCUUCUUUCUAACUUGCUUGUUAAGUGAAUUUAGCACUGCUAUUUUCCAUCUUAUGCAGAUUGUAAUCCCGUUUGCUUUUCUCGCCUUGCGCAUUUUUGUUAGAAUUUCUUUGACUGCCAUAAAGUCUGUGAUGUCUCUCUCCAGACGGAAGGUUGUAUUGUUAGAAGAAGAGGAGGCGUGUUUGUCUCCAAAUGAAACACUGUCCUAAAUUUCCGCAUAGCGCAUGUGAGGUUACGAGAUCAUAUUCAGCUCCUCUGACUUGCAUUAUAUUUGUGUGUGGAUUAUAUUGAUGUAAACCAAAGCCUGUAUUGACCAUAACUGGGGCAUAUUUAUGUUUAAGCUGGCCAUGCUCAAGACCCUUUCUCCAAAAUCUGCUAUUGAAAAUAUUGGAUAAAGAGGGGAUGCAAAGAAAAGCAUGUUCCCCUUCUUUUAGUAUUGCCUUACAGAAAAACGCUGCUUGACAUGUAACUGCAGCAAUGAUCGAUAAAGAGGUGUGCAGAAAUCCAGGAAAAUGGCAGCCAAACAGAGAGAAGUUGGUUGAGCUUCUAUGUAAGAGAAUGUGAGGAAUGGAAAGCACAGAGACAUCUGGAUUUCUGGAUGGUACAUAAUAGUAGAACAUGUAUGCGUACAAGUUACUGGUUUCUUUUUUUUUUUUUUUUCAAUGUUAAAAUUUUAAUGGUUUUUUUCAAUGGUCUGUUUGCAUAGUCACAAACAGGGGAUAGCAGUUGGAAAUCUAACUGUUUGAGUGGCUCUGUGUGAGUUUAGAUGGGAGUUGCAAUUGUGAUAGCAGUCUUCCAAGCCAUCUGAACGCAAGUUCUUCGGCCAUAUCUAUUCUUUUCUUAAAAGUGUGUAACAAAUGAGGAUUCAUGUGGCUUUGCAUCCAAGUUUCAACUAGCUUUGAUAUUUUCUGAGGGAAGAGAGCUCUGUGAUUAGACAGAAGGUUUUUUCUGUUCUGCAGAAGCUUCUUGUCUGAAGUGUUUUAAUUUCUCAGGCUUUUUGUGUCUGUUUUUUGUCUGGCAAUGGAACAUCCUUCUGUUACUCAGAAGGCAUGGUGUCAUAUUCAAGGAGAGUAUGAGACUGCAAUGUGUGAGAGUUCCACAUCAGGUAAGGGAGUUAAGCUUUCUCCUGAGCCGUGGACAACUAAGGGGUCCCACAGAUUUCUGAGUCUCAGGAAGACAGCAGAAGAAACUAACCCCUAGAAGUUCCUGUCCGUGAUAAUGUUGAAUUUUUUUUUUUACACUUACAUGUAGCUGGAUAAGUAUUGUACUUUUCAAAUAAUCUAAACUCUGGCUGCCCUAGAAGCCAUUACAUUUCCUUCUGGCAGAGUGAUUAAUUUGCAUCUUGAAUUAUCUUAGUGCCUGACAACUUUGAUGCCAUAAUUAAAGGCAUUUGGGGAAUUUUGUUCUUCAUCAUGAAAAAAAAAUGUGGCAAAAUAUGCCUGAAGAAAUUGCAGGUGAAAAACAAAUAUCUCGUUUCAGUUGAGAUCAGUCUUGAAAGCACUUGUGCUUUUGUUUUGAAGCACCUUGAUACCGAAUAUGUCAUUGUGAAUAUUACAUACUUCUCAUGAAGAGUAUGUUCAGCUAUUCAAGGGGAUUUAUACCUAGUUGUGGUUAAAUUACUUCCAUUGUGUUGUGUAUAGCAGUUUUUCUGAUACUUAAUAAAAGCACUUUUGGUUCUGUAUGGUUUUGUUUCUAAUGUGCAGCAGACACAUAGUAAGUAGUGAAUAUGUGUAUUUGUAAUAAAUUGAAAUCAGUGAA